CAUUUGCUAAAAUAUAAAGUAUGUCAUUGGAAUAAAGAGACUAGAAUAUUAACAAGUAAAAUAUUAGAAAUUUUAACGUUAAAUUAUUGUCAGAUUGAUUAUAUUUAUGAUAAAAUAUUGUUUCCAUUACUUGAACAGUGUUUAGACAAGAAAAACGAUGCUGUAGCGAGACAUGGUCUGUUGUUUAGCUGUGGACAUAUUGUAUUGGCAUUAUAUGAACGUCAACAACAAACACAACAAGACAAUAAUGAAAAAGAUAAUAAACAAGAAAUUGAGAACAUUAACAUAUUACGACAAAAAAUUGAAAAUUUAUUAGUUGAAUACAAAGAAUUAGGCUAUUUAGAUGGUUAUAUUGGUGAUGUUAUCCGUCCAGCAUUAUGUUCAUUUAUAUGUAAUAUUUCACGUUCAUUGAACUAUUUUUCUGUGGGAAUUAAGCAUGAUGCAUCAACUAUAUUUUCACCCGCAACAAUCAAUCGUUGGCAAACAAUAUUAGACGAUUGUAUUAGUAAUUUUGAUGAAGAUGUUAGAGGAACCGGUUUAAAUGCAUUGAAAUAUUUUGCAAACGCAUUUUAUCAAACAACUCAGUAA